AUGGAAGUGACAAAACUGUUAUCUCUAUUUGCUAUAUACUUCAUUUUAUUACACGAUCAAAUUACCUUUGUAGAAGGCAAUGAUAAAAUCAACAAAGUAUGUGAAAAAACACCUAACAAAGAUCUAUGUAUCCAAGUCCUUACUUCGGAUCCAAUGAGCGAAUUCGCGACUAUACCAGACCUAGCUAUGAUAUCACUAAGAGUGGCCGCGGCAAAUGCAACAGGGAUACUAACCGAUGUGAAAAUGAUGAUCGAUGAUUCGGAUUUGGAACCCGAAGUUCAACAAGGUUUGGCCGAUUGUAAGGAGACGCUAUUGGACGCGGAAGGUCAACUUGAGGAUAGUAUCGCUGCGAUUUUGUCAAACGCAAAGAAUGAUAUUCAGUUAUGGUUGCAAGCAGCAUUGGCUGCAAUUGAUACAUGCGAUGCUUCUAUUCCUGGUGAUGAUGAUAUUCUCUCUAAAAGAAGUGUAACAUUUCGUGAAUUGUGCAACAUUGCUGUUGCCAUUAGUAAGAAUUUAGCCAAUGAUGAUCAAGUCUAA